AUGUCACUUUUCGGCGCCAAGUUUUACAUAAUUUUUAAUACGAUUAUUUGCGCAGUAUUUUACUUUUCGUUAUUUGAAUGCCAAGAACCGACGUUAAUUUACAACUUGCGAGAUGGACCACGAUUGUACGCGGAUUACGUUAAGAAGUUCGUGAAAAAAUAUGAUGACGAGGAAUACUAUACAAGGUAUCAUAAUUUUAUGAAAACGUUGCGUAAAAUAAAUCAAAUAAAUUUGAGAAGUUCUGAAAAAGUACAGCCAAAUAAAUAUGCAGACUGGUCGGAAAAAGAAUGGCAAGAAAAUGUUGAACAGACAACGAAGAUUGACUUCGAUCUCAAAAUACAAGUAAAAGAAUUCCAGCCAAAGGUAGAGUCAUUAUUUAAGGACUUAGUUGAAUAA